CAAAUUCUGAACACACCGCUAGCCGUCAGCUGAUAUCUGUCACUUUGACGCACGAGUGACGUCUCUAGAGUUUUCAUUACGAAACAAACAUGCUAUAAAAUGAAUUUUCUAUGGAAUUCUCCAGCGCAGGCCGCGCGGCGUGCGGCCCUACGAGUUCGCAGCUAGUAAAUAUUCAAUAUGAUAACAGAACAUUUCGAGUAAAUAAUAAAGGAAGCUAAGUUUCAGAUAAACACUUCUAAGACAAAUGAUGAAUUUGGCAAAGAUUACAGUUAUGGCAAACAUAAAUCUCCAGUCCUAACCAAAAAGUAUUACGUACCUUGAAAGUGUGGUCCAUAUUUUUUCAAUAUGGACUUCGUGGUGGGCGGUAUAGCCGGAGUAGGCGCCGCUAUCUUUAGCAACCCGUUUGAUGUGGUGAAGACCCGCAUGCAGUUGCAAGGGGAGCUCCGGGCGCGGAGCCAGCAUGCGGUGCACUAUAAGAAUAUACCGCACGCUAUGUACACUAUUGUGAAACAUGACGGAGUGUCGGCAUUACAGAAAGGACUCGUACCUGCUUUGUGGUUCCAGUUAGUGGUAAACGGUGUAAGGUUAGGCAUAUACCAACAAGCCGAUAACCAAGGUUUGCUAAGAGACGAGAAAAACAAUACAAAGUUCACAAAUAGCCUAGUAAUGGGUGCUUUUGCCGGCAUGGUUGGAGCGUUCUUCGGCAGUCCACUACAGCUUGUUAAGACACAGCUGAUGUCUUAUUCUUCUGAAAAGAUAGCCGUUGGUACCCAACAUGCUCAUACGGGUAUGACGUAUGCUAUGAGCAAGAUUUAUAAGAAGAAUGGGUUGGGAGGCCUAUGGAGAGGCGCUCAUGGAAUGAUGAUCAGGAACUCUAUAGGAUCAGCGACGCAGAUUGCGUCCUAUGCUGUAUGUAAAGAAUGGAUGGAUGAUAACGACAUGUUCCAACAGUCGAAGUAUCUAUCGGCUUUCGUCGCCAGCAACAUAGGGGCCGUGGUCAAAACCAUCUCCUUAACGCCAAUGGAUGUCAUUAUGACGAGAUUGUAUAACCAAGCCGUGGACGUAAACGGCCAAGGCCUCCUCUACAGCGGCAUAGUGGAUUGCGCCAAAAAGAUCACCAAGACCGAAGGCCUCCUAGCCUUUUACAAGGGUAUGGGGCCCUCAUACCUCCGACAAGCGCCCCAUACGGUCCUCCUACUUGUGUUUUGGGAUAUGUUAAAAGAUGUUCAGAAGAGUUUCGAGAAGGCGUGAUGAUUUAGCAUUGUAUCUAUGGUGUGUUUUUACCUACGCCGCCCAUACGUCAAACCUUGCCAAGCAAAAUGAAAUUUUAUUUUGUCAACACAAAGUUCAAAUUGGACUGGAACUGGAGACCUUUUUAUAGGUCUCUGGGCGGCUAGAGGUUAUACGGGCCAAUUUUUUUGUUGUUGUUUAGUUUUUUGUAUGUUACAUUUGGAUGAAAUCUGGGCGGUUUGGAAAGCUCCUCAUCCCGAGUGGAGUAAAUAAGAAAUCAAAACCUGUCCAGAGAGAAAAUAUGUAGUUUUCCGUUCCGUUACAAGUAUACCAUAGGUUUUCGUAACUCAAAGGAAGACAGGGCAUAUACGGUGAAACUACCCUUAACCCUUUAGUCCGUAGCGGCAACAUACUUGCCACCAUACUUAAAACAAAAACGCAUCUCUACUAUAAGAAUUAAGGUUCAGAAUCGAAUGACUAUAGAAAGAAAUGUCAAAUGUUAAAGGGUUAAAAGUGAAGUUGCCGUUGAUACAGAAUUAUUAUAGGGAACUAUCCACCAAAUUUGAUCGAAAUCUGACGAAAAAAUCCUCAAAAAAUUAAAAAUCGCCCAUACGGUAUUUAGGCUGUUGUUUUAUGUGAGUUUAUUUAAACGUAAAGUUCAAAUUGAUCUGUUCCUAGUCAAUUGAUUAUUAAUAGACUCUUGUUUCAUAGAAAAGUGCGAUUGAUGAACAAAAAAUUUUUUCAAGGGUUCGUGAAAUGGCUCUAAAUACUAAAGAAACAAAAUUUUAAUAGGUAUGUUCCUCUGUAAUUGUAUUAAUUUUCUAUGAAACAAUUCCUAUUUCCUACCCAUAAAAAGUUAGAAUCAAUAUUAAAUGUUUAAAUAUGCGAAAGAUUAAAAAUAGGUAUAAUAUUUGUAAGUAGGUAAUGUUAUCUACGCCCCAUGUGAUUCACGCGUUUUUAAAAUCUAAUAUUUAUUGUAUAAUACAAUAAAUAUCAUCUAGUUCAAUAGUUCAUUGAUAUACAAAUCUACCAUUCAUAUAGGUAUUAAGAUUUUUUAAUUGUAAAGAACCGAUUAGGUAAAUCGCACUACACGAUUUUUUCUGUCUUUUUCAUUAGAAAAAGACGAGUAGGUACAUAAUAUAAUUUGUGCGUAAUAUGGAUCGUUUGCGUUAGAGGCUCUGCCACCUUGUGGCCUGAAUCAGAAUUAAUAACUUAACACUGACACUUCGAGUUUUUAAAACGGGACUGCCCCUUAAUAGUGCUUACAAACGGGCGUACCAGACCGCGAACUUGGCCCGUCCGCUUAUCUCUUUCUCGCUUUGACUCAUAGCCGCGUCUUUAACGAACCACCACUAGAUUGAACAAGCCUCAGACCUUACCAAGGUCGCGAUGCGGUGCGCCCGUCUGUUAAUAUGUAUAUUACUAUAAAGAAAGCAUACAUAGGAUAAAAAACAUAAUUUCCUCUAGUAUUAAAUCAGUAUGAAAUUAAUAAAUGUGGAAUAUAAUAAUUAAAUAGCCAAAUGUACUUACAUUACUUACCCGUUACAAUAUUACUCUUAAGUUAACUUUAAAUAUAAGACAUUAUUUCAACUAACAUCGUUAAAGUUAUAAUGAGUGUAUGGUGUUAGUUUAUAUCAAUGUAAAACCACCCGAAGAAACAAUAGAGUAUUAAUUAUAAUUAUGUAAACAAAGUAUUUAAUCAAAUAAUGUAUUUGCAAGAGGUAAACGACAUAUCUUAUAUUUGUCCUCGCUGUGGCAU